UUACUAAGAAUACUGUAACCUUGCCCGCAAAACUGUAAUGCAUUUAUCAGUGGUGGCACUGCAAAGUGGAAAGCUCAUUUCUUAAGAGGCUCCGUAGUUGUGAAGAUGUGCUCAAAUCUACCCUUGUUGGUGCUUCUAAGCAUAAUAGGAUGCGUCGAACUGAUCAAAGUCACGACCCCCGUGAAAAAUGUCAAUGUUACGGUGGGCGAAAGUAUCCUGCUCCAGUGUAUGUAUGAAUCUACUGAGGCCUCAACUGGCGGCCUUAACCUCCAAUGGGAUUUUGUUUCAUCGUCCUCUGCGAAUUCAGUUCAGAUCUACUACUAUCAGUCGGGAAAGGUUGUCAUCGCAGAUUCCUACAGGAGUAGGAUUCAGCCUCCCUCUUCUCCUGCCACCACCACCAACGUCUCACUGUUAAUAAGCAACAUGCAGCCAUCGGAUACAGGAUUCUACACUUGUGAAGUUCACAACUUCCCUGACGUGCAGGGACAGUCUCAGGUCACUAUCAAUGUGCUUGUCCUUGAGAAGCCCUCUACUCCUUACUGCGCCGUCCACGGUGAUAUAGAAUCAGGUCACCUGGUCACUCUCACCUGCCACAGUGAGCGCGGGAGCCCGCACCCGAUGUACACUUGGACCAGACUGAAUCAGGCUAAGACAAGGAGUCAAAGAGUAGGGAACAUGAAUGGAGUGCUGGUUAUCAGAAAUAUUUCCCAGUUUGAGUUCGGGGAGUACCAGUGCAACGCUACCAAUGCAGUGGGAUACGCAACUUGCGCCAUUGAACUGAGUCCUGAAGUGGGAGAUGGAGUUAUUGCUGGCGCAGUGAUUGGAGCAUUGCUCGGCUGUGUGCUGAUCAUCCUGGUAGUGUGGUUCAUUGCUCACUCGGCGAAGAAGCAAAAAUACAGAGCUGUGAAAGCACAGGAGACCGAGAUGAAGAGGAGCUCUCCUCAGGCCAAUGAGACCCCAGAUAGCGUUCCCCUGGCAACCGUAGCAGGCCAGCCCCACGCUGACGGAGAAGAGCCGCAGGCCUAAAAAGGGCCUGCAGAAAACAACAGGAUCAGCGUCACUCAUCUGAAUAACAGGAAGUCUGGGAUGUUCAGUCUUUAACGUGCAUCAGUCUCACAUUCAGUCCGUAUUAUGAUGCUCAUUUUCUCAUUUGAAGUUGUUUUGUUUCUAUGAUUCAGUCAUCUUUUUCACUCAAACCUUUGAUGCAGUGCCUAGUAAUCGACAAUCAAUGCAUGCUCAUGACCUAAUCAUACUUAUAUACUGUGUAUUUAUACUGUAUAUUUACAAUAUUUGAAUGCACUGUUUGUAUCAUGACAUAGACAUAAUGACUGUGCACCAUACAAAUACUCUUUGUGCAAAUGGCUGCAAAUACUGAGGGUUGGAGCAAUAAGCUCAAAGUAUGAUUAAGGUUUUUAUGGUUACUUUUUGAAUUAAAAAAAAAAAACAAUAAUGAGACUUGUUUGUUUCGCGCAAUGUUUGUGAAUAACUGCAGAACAUUUUUCCAAUGAGAGCAAAUUUACAGAUCAUGAUAAAAUAAUGUCUAUGUCUAAGACUCUGAGAUUUUGCAUUAGAACUUUAUACUGUUUUUACACGUGCUGUUGACUAAUGCACCAGUUUAAACUAAAAGACAUGUGUCUCGUCAGAUUAUUCAGAUUUU